GUUCACAGCAAUUUCGAUUUUACCAUAAACUACCAAGAGUAGGUAAUUGCGCAGCGUUUGUGUAUUUAAGAUACUUUAAGUGAAUUCUUGGCAAUAUAAAUUCUCUUUGCCAAUUCAUCUAAAAAACCUAAAAUUAUAUUGCCUCCUAGUAGACGCACAUUUUGGUUUUUUUUCGUAAGGACUAUAGAUAAGUUUUUACGAUUUUUUGUUUUUCCCAUUUCUUUUACGACUUUAAUUCUUUUCUUUCAAUUAGUUUCAAUUAGUUGUACUUGAAAAGAAAGGAAUUAAAAAGGAUUUUUAUCAUUUUUAAAAGAAAAAUCCUAGAAAUAAUUUUGAUUGGGAACUCUGAUAGUAGAGCAAAAAACCUCUGUUUUAGAUAUUUAAAGGCUUUUGAUUUCUUCGCUUGUGGAUAUAAUUUACGAUGGAACCUCGUUCUUCAGUUGAGUCCAUAUAUUUUGUGGAUACCGCUCACCCAUCUCAACAAGAAAACAAAUUUAUUGGCUUAAUUGCAGAUCAAAGAAUUGCGAUAGUUCCAGAGUUCACUUUAGAAUGCGGGGAAAUAUUAUACGAUGUUCCUGUGGCCUUCAAAACAUGGGGAGCUUUAAAUAAGGAAAGAAAUAAUUGUCUUCUCCUUUGUCAUGCUCUUAGUGGCUCUGCUGAUGCGGCAGAUUGGUGGGGUCCUUUGCUUGGACCAGGCCGUGCUUUUGACCCUACUCACUUCUUCAUCGUUUGUCUUAAUUCUUUAGGAAGCCCCUAUGGAAGUGCUUCCCCAGUUACCUGGAAUUCUGAAACCAAAGCAAUUUACGGUCCUGAAUUUCCUUUGUCCACCAUCCGUGAUGACGUUGCUCUCCAUAAGCUGGUAUUGCAACGCCUAGGCGUUGAACAAAUUGCCAUGGCGGUUGGUGGUUCUAUGGGGGGUAUGCUAGUUUUAGAAUGGGCCUUUGAUACCAACUAUGUUCGCUCUAUUGUUCCCAUUUCAACGUCAUUGAGACAUUCUGCUUGGUGCAUAAGCUGGUCAGAAGCUCAACGCCAAAGUAUUUAUUCUGAUCCCAAAUUCAAUGACGGAUUCUAUGAUAUGGAUGAUCAACCAUUGAGUGGUUUGGGCGCCGCUCGUAUGUCUGCGUUGUUAACGUAUCGCUCUAAAUGCUCGUUUGAGCGCCGCUUCGCUCGUAAGUUGCCAGAUGCCAAUCGUCAUCCUUAUCCUGAUCGUGUGCCUACCCCAAUGACUCCAGGGGAUGCUCACUGGGUAGUUCAUAAUGAAGGCAAUCAUAAUCGUCGUGAGCGUCCGUGUAGAUCUCCAGGAUCUUCACCAGAGUCACCCGGUAGCGGCUUUUUUAAAGUGUCUUCUACUCCUUCCUUGUCUCAGAGUACAGACACUGCUUCAGGUACUCGGAGCCCUUUGUUGCGUCGUCCUGCAAAUACCUAUUUUUCUGCUCAAUCUUACUUGCGAUACCAAGCUAAGAAGUUUGUAGGUAGAUUUGACGCCAAUUGCUAUAUCUCGAUCACGAAGAAGCUCGAUACUCAUGACGUUACUCGAGAUCGUGGAUCAGAAGAUCCCAUGGAAGUUAUGAAACACCUUACUUUGCCGGUGUUAGUUUUGGGAAUAGAAAGCGAUGGAUUGUUUACUUAUGAUGAACAAGUAGAGAUUGCUUCCUGUUUCCCGAAUGCCAGUUUGGAAACGAUUGUUUCUGCCGAGGGGCAUGAUGGUUUUUUACUUGAGUUUACACAAGUCAACUCUUAUAUCCAAAAAUUUGAAGCUGAACAUCUCGCAGACAUCUUGUCACAGGAAAACACUUCAGCUGAGUUGGAAUUAGAGUCUCUUAAUGCCCAACGUGAAAGCGUUUUUGGUGAAAUGGAGGAUAUUACUUCCUGGUAAAAAAGUCAACAUGACCUGACCUUAAUGACUGGCAACUUACAGUCAAUAAUAAAUAAAUAGAAUCCAUUCAUUAGAUAAUUUCUGUCUAAGAAAGUUUCUACUAUUUACUAUUAUUAUAAAAAGAAAAAUCCAGAAAAAGAUCAUGUUCUUAAUUUAGUCAACUGGGGGAUUCAACUCCUCUUGAACAUAUGAACCGUGAUUCGAAAAUUUAUGUGAUGAUUUGCAUGUUUAUUUUAUGACUAAUUUUAUUAUGAUGUCGGUUUCACUAUGAGGUAUAUUGUUAUUUUUCGUUUUAUUCGUUUUUGCUGUCGUCUUGUUAUAAUUUGAGGUAUACUCUCGAUAUCUAAGCAAGGUUUUCAGUAAUUGGUGCGCAAGGUGUUAAUUGUCAAAAAAAGGAUAAUUUAAUUUUUUAUGACCUCGUUUUGUUUUCGAAGCUGGCUUCUUACCCCUCCAACAUGGGGAUUUGAUAUACCAAAUUUGUAUAGCAUUGUAACGGAUGAGUGUUUUCUUUCAUUUUUGUUUAGUUGUUUAGAAAUAAAAAACUCGUCUGUUUCCUAUAUGGAACAGAAUGAUUUCUACGUUUACCUUUCCUCAGAAA